AGGAGGUGGGGGCCGGAGCGCAAAUGGCGUUGAGAUGGUUCAGGGCCCUGUUCAAACUCCAGCGCUGACCAUUCACCGGCGGAAGCGGCGGCGCAGGAGGCGGCGGCGGCCCAGCGGGAGCACGUAGCGGGCUCGGCACCGGCUCCGGCGGCGGCGGCCAGGGAGGCCUAGGCCCGGGCCCGGCCGGCAGCGCUCGAGGCGGGGAGGGAAGUUGCGGGGCCGCCGCUCCCCCCCCCCCCCUCCGCCGGGCUUCCUAUUUACCGAAAGCGGAGUCGCGGCUUGUGACUGUAGUGGAGCCCCUCGCCGCCCCCGGCGUGCCGGCCGGCCGUGUGCUCCCGCGCGGGGCUCCCGCGCCCGCCCGUGGGCCAUUGGGAGCGGGAGAGGCGGAGGCGGCCCGAGGCCAAAGCACCCGCCAGGCGCCGAGGAGAAUAUGAAACAGGUGUCAAAAUGACAUCCAGAUUUGGGAAAACAUACAGUAGGAAAGGAGGAAAUGGCAGUUCAAAAUUUGAUGAAGUCUUUUCCAACAAACGGACCACCCUUAGCACAAAAUGGGGAGAGACCACAUUUAUGGCUAAAUUAGGGCAGAAGAGGCCCAAUUUUAAACCCGAUAUCCAAGAAAUUCCGAAGAAACCUAAAGUUGAAGAAGAAAAUACUGGAGAUCCUUUUGGAUUUGAUAGUGACGAUGAAUCUCUACCAGUUUCUUCCAAGAAUUUAGCCCAGGGUAAGGGUUCCUCUCACUCGGAAUCUAGUGAAGCUGCUCCGCUGGAAGAAGUCACUUCUGUACUUGAAGCUAAUAGCAAAACUAGUCAUGCGGUGGGUGAGGACAGUGUUGUGGCUGUCAAAUGCUUACCUUUGGAAGAUACUUUGCUGGGGAAAGAGAAGAGCACAAGUCGGAUCCUAGAAGAUGACACAAGCAAAAGUAGCUGUACUAAAUUAAUGACUUCAGAUAAAGUGGAGAACUUUAAUGAGGAACAGGAGAAGAAUAGUCACCAUUUUCACAGAAAUGCUGAAGACAAUACUAAGAAACCCAAUGUAGAAACCACCCUGACUCCUGGAUACAAAACUGAGGAAAUCAGGGAAACAAAUGAUACUUGGAACUCCCAGUUUGGGAAAAGGUCAGAAUCUCCAUCAGAAAUGUCUCCAAUCAAGGGAUCUGUGAGAACUGGUUUGUAUGAAUGGGAUAAUGAUUUUGAAGAUAUCAGAUCAGAAGAUUGUAUUUUAAGUUUGGAUAGUGAUCCUCUUUUGGAGGUGAAGGGUGAGGAUUUAAAAAACCGAUUGGAAAAUGUAAAUGAAGCCAUCGAGGAAGAUAUUGUACAAAGUGUUCUUAGGCCAAGCAACUGUAGGACGUACUGUAGGGCCAAUAAGGCAAAAUCCUCGCAAGGAGCAUCAACUUUUGAUAAGCUAAUGGACGGCACCAGUCAGGCCUUAGCCAAAGCAAAUAGUGAAUCAAGUAAAGAUGGCCUGAAUCAGGCAAAGAAAGGCGGUGUAAGUUGUGGGACCAGUUUUAGAGGGACGGUUGGACGGACUAGAGAUUACACUGUUUUACAUCCAUCUUGCUUGUCAGUUUGUAAUGUUACCAUACAGGAUACUAUGGAACGCAGCAUGGAUGAGUUCACCGCAUCCACUCCUGCAGAUUUGGGAGAAGCUGGCCGGCUCAGAAAAAAGGCAGAUAUUGCAACCUCCAAGACCACUACUAGAUUUCGACCUAGUAAUACUAAAUCCAAAAAGGAUGUUAAACUUGAAUUUUUUGGUUUUGAAGAUCAUGAUGAGACAGGAGGUGAUGAAGGAGGUUCUGGAAGUUCUAAUUAUAAAAUUAAAUAUUUUGGUUUUGAUGAUCUCAGCGAAAGUGAAGAUGAUGAAGAUGAAGACUGUCAAAUGGAAAGAAAGACAAGCAAAAAAAGAACUAAAACAGCUCCAUCACCCUCCCUGCAGCCUACCCCAGAAAGCAAUGAUAAUUCCCAGGACAGUCAGUCUAGUACUAACAAUGCAGAAAACUUGGAUUUUACAGAGGACUUGCCUGGUGUGCCUGAAAGUGUGAAAAAGCCCAUAAACAAACAAGGAGAUAAAUCAAAGGAAAAUACGAGAAAGAUUUUUAGUGGCCCCAAACGGUCGCCUACAAAAGCUGUAUAUAAUGCCAGACAUUGGAACCAUCCAGACUCAGAAGAACUACCUGGCCCACCAGUAGUAAAACCUCAGAGUGUCACAGUAAGUGAAGUGAGGCUGUCUUCAAAGGAACCAAAUCAAAAAGAUGAUGGAGUUUUUAAGGCUCCUGCACCACCACUCAAAGUGAUAAAAACUGUGACAAUACCUACUCAGCCCUACCAAGAUAUAGUUACUGCACUGAAAUGCAGAAAAGAAGACAAAGAACUAUAUACUGUUGUUCAGCACGUGAAGCACUUCAAUGAUGUGGUGGAAUUUGGUGAAAAUCAGGAAUUCACUGAUGACAUUGAGUACUUGUUAAGUGGCUUAAAGAGCACUCAGCCUCUAAACACACGUUGCCUUAGUGUUAUUAGCUUGGCUACUAAAUGUGCCAUGCCCAGUUUUCGAAUGCACCUGAGAGCACAUGGAAUGGUAGCAAUGGUCUUUAAAACCUUGGAUGAUUCUCAGCACCAUCAGAAUCUAUCCCUCUGUACAGCUGCCCUCAUGUACAUACUGAGUAGGGAUCGUCUGAACAUGGAUCUUGAUAGAGCUAGCCUGGAUCUCAUGAUCCGACUUUUGGAACUGGAACAAGAUGCUUCAUCAGCUAAGUUAUUGAAUGAAAAAGACAUGAACAAAAUUAAAGAAAAAAUCCGAAGACUCUGUGAAACUGUACACAACAAGCAUCUUGAUCUAGAAAAUAUAACGACUGGGCAUUUAGCUAUGGAGACAUUACUGUCCCUUACUUCCAAACGAGCAGGAGACUGGUUUAAAGAAGAACUCCGGCUUCUGGGUGGUCUGGAUCAUAUUGUUGAUAAAGUAAAAGAAUGUGUGGAUCACUUAAGUAGCGAUGGGGAUGAAGAGAAACUAGUAGCCUCGUUGUGGGGAGCAGAGAGAUGUUUACGAGUUCUAGAAAGUGUAACAGUGCAUAAUCCAGAGAAUCAGAGCUACUUGAUAGCAUAUAAAGAUUCCCAGCUCAUUAUUUCAUCAGCUAAAGCAUUACAGCAUUGUGAAGAACUGAUUCAGCAGUAUAACCGCGCUGAAAACAGCAUAUGCAUAGCUGACAGUAAGCCUCUGCCUCACCAGAAUGUGACGAACCAUGUGGGCAAAGCAGUGGAGGACUGCAUGAGGGCCAUCAUCGGGGUGUUGCUCAAUCUGACUAAUGAUAAUGAGUGGGGCAGCACCAAAACAGGAGAACAGGAUGGCCUCAUAGGCACAGCAAUGAACUGUGUGCUUCAGGUCCCAAAGUACCUACCUCAGGAGCAGAGAUUUGAUAUUCGAGUGUUGGGCCUAGGUCUGCUGAUCAAUCUAGUGGAGUACAGUGCCCGGAAUCGGCACUGCCUGGUCAACAUGGAAACAGCCUGUUCUUUUGAUUCCUCCUUCUGCAGUGGAGAAGGAGGCGACAGUUUGAGGAUAGCUGGACAAGUGCAUGCUGUUCAGGCGUUAGUUCAGCUAUUCCUUGAGCGAGAGCGAGCAGCCCAGUUGGCAGAGAGUAAAACAGAUGAGUUGAUCAAAGAUGCCCCCACCACUCAACAUGAUAAGAGUGGAGAGUGGCAGGAGACCAGUGGAGAAAUACAGUGGGUAUCAACUGAGAAGACUGAUGGCACAGAAGAGAAGCAUAAGAAGGAGGAGGAGGAUGAAGAACUUGACCUCAAUAAAGCCCUUCAGCAUGCUGGCAAACACAUGGAGGAUUGCAUCGUGGCCUCCUACACGGCCCUGCUUCUCGGGUGUCUCUGCCAGGAAAGUCCAAUCAAUGUGACCACUGUGCGGGAGUAUCUGCCAGAAGGAGACUUCUCCAUAAUGACAGAGAUGCUCAAGAAAUUCCUGAGCUUCAUGAACCUUACGUGUGCUGUUGGAACAACAGGCCAGAAGUCUAUCUCCAGAGUGAUCGAGUAUUUGGAACAUUGCUAGCUGCUUUACCAUUGCUUCAGGUGCUCGGUGACGCUGGAGCUGUCCUUAGACAGAGAAGUCCUUGAAGAUAGACCGAGAACAGCCAUCAGUACCGUUCGUGUUUGGAUUCUUAAGACCACCUGAUUUCUUCGUCAUGCAUUCUGCAUCUGCUAAAUGACAGUUACUACAUCAAUCUGCAGCUAUCAAAAAUGAGGGAAAAGGUUCAGGCUGUUAACAAUUCCACGCAGUAUUUAAAUACCCUUAACUUUGGCAGAGUUUAUGCCCUCCCCUUAUUUUCUUGCUGUCUUCGGGGCAAGUGUUCAGGGGAAAUUUUGUGCUGCUGUUAGUGCGACUGCUGUGUACUUUGAGCCACUGUCGUCAUGCCAGCCAGGUGCAAAGGCAGCUUAGCGACUGAGGUGUCGAAGGUUCUGAGGACAUUCUAGACAACAGCUCAGUUCCUUUUUCAGGCUCAUUUGCUUUUGCUUUUUGUUGAAUGAUUCCAAUCGUAAAUAAAGCUUUUAAUAAUUUUGUGAAUUUUUUUGUUGUUGUUCCCUGAACUACUGUCUGUAUUUAAAAUUAGAUGGAAUCCAAAGACACAAGGGAUUAAUAGUAUAUUUUUUUAUUAUUGAUUAGGUUUGGGUUGUUGAACUAUUUUUCACUUUUGAGACCAUGACCAUAUUCAAUAUCAUGCCAUAAUGUGUCAUAGUUAUAGAUAACAAGAAAACAAGUAACAGUUUGAGGGAAUAUUAUAUAAAAUGAUGUGCCCUGUUAAAGGAUUAAGCAAAAUAGACAAACCCAGGGUAGUUUACACUUACGCUAGGGAGGCUCUUGAAACAUUAUUACGUUUUGAGGGAGGGUCUCUAGAUAUCUUUUGUAAUGUUCAGUUCAAUAAAUACAAGGAAGCUAAAACACCAAUGUGGAAUUCAUGUUUCCAGAUAACCUGUAUGUUCUUGUUACAGAGUGACAGGAUCAAUUGUGUAAGCGCAAAGCCUUAAAUUGCUGGUUUAGAGAAGACCCUUUUAUUUUGCUUUGUUUUUAAAUUUAGAUUUCUUUUUCAUAGAACAAUUGUUUGGAAAACCGGUAUGGAACACAGAAACCACCUUUUAUAGAUUUAAUUUCAUAAUCUAGCAAGUUUUUCUUACUAAUUAUUGUUUAGACCACUGACAAUAACUUUUUUUCUUUUUAAUUGAUUUGGGCCUGAAUACAGGCUUUCCAGAGGUCUGUCUCAUUAAUAGUUUUAAAUACCUUUCAGAUAAUUACAUCACGUUUCUUCAUUGGAUUUGUAAAACUUGAAGCCAUAAAACUAUUGAGUUUGGUGUGUAUUGAGGAAAAUAGCUAGAAGUCUAAUAAGGUUACCUGUUUAGACUUUGUUAUUUCCUUGUAUAAAGUGACAAAUCGGGGCUCUUGUAUCAGUGCCAGCUGUAAUGUUUUUUAAUGCAGUGGCUGCCUUCUAUUGUCUUCCUAUUUUUGAUAAUGCAGAUUGUUGGGAAAUCUAUGAGGAAGUAACUGAUUGCAGGCAAAAUUGUUUUCUUCUCCCGACCCCAAUCCCAACCCCAACCCCAACCCCAACCCCAGCUCCUCCCCUCCCCCUCCCCAUCACUCUCUGAGAACGCAGUGUACCAGUGUAACCUGGAAAGAUGGAGACUGUUGCCCUGAGUGUGAGAGCGAGCUGAGCAAGCUGUUUAAAAAGCAGAUCCAGACUGAUCUCCGUAGAGUUCAAUUAGCUAGGUAGAUUUUGUUUAAGUAUUUUAAAAUAUGUUCAUAUUUAUUAAUUGAUGGAUCUAGGAAAAGGAGCUGAUUUUUGGUCCAGCUGACUUGUGGCAGACGGUAAGGAGUAUUAGGACAUUUGGGUGAGAACAGUCAGGGCGAACUGCAUUUCUCUGUUACACUGGUAAGCAUUUGAGAAUUGAUUUACCUCAGUGUUUAACAGUUUCUGUUGUGUUUUUUAAAUAAUAACUAAUUGUCAAGCACUGAUAGAGAUGCAGGUUUGGGGGGCGGGCGGGGGGAGUUGUCUCCUCACCAGCUGCAGUGCAUUUGUGUGUUUUUAACCCUCAGAGGACUCUGCAUUUUAGGGUACUUGAGGCUGACUUGCAGAUUAACUAAAGUUUUAAAGUAACCUUUUUUUCCACUGUAAAUAUCUCUGUAAAUACUGCCAAUUGGAAAUUAGAACAGUAGAGUACUUUUCUGAAUCCAAUCCUAUUUUUAUUUUAUACAGUAUUUCUCAGCUGUGAUCUUUGGAGCAAAAGCCAACGGCAGGAAAAAAUAGUUUGUACCAGUUUCAUGAAGUAUGUCUUUGGGUUUUUGUAAAUAAUUUUAACUCGAAUAAAAUUGCUACUUUCAAUACA